AUGGCUGCUGGUAGUAGUUCUAGAAGAGCUGAUGAUGAGGAUGGGAGUAGAGAAGAAAGGCCAACACUUCAAAGAGCCAGCAGUGUUGAUGAAGUAUCAGGCCAGGCACCCGCGAUUGUCAGUACCUUUCUGAGUGAGUGCUUCCGUGCUGAUGGCUUACCUGUUCCACAAGAACUCAGCGAGAAUCAGAAGAAAAUUAGCAAAGAUGUGGCACAUGUCAUACGUGAUAUUGGCGACCGCUUGUCCAAUGAUGCAUCCCUUAAUGAUCUGAUAUCUCAGGUGCAAGUUUCAAAAGACACUGCCCUUGAUACCUUUCUUCAGGUCGCAGCACAGAUAUUUAGUGAUGGCAGAGUGAACUGGGGUAGAAUAGUGACACUGUUCUACUUUGGCUAUAAAUUAGCUUUACAGGUGAUUAAUGAAAUCCCGCUCAUCAAAAUGAUCAUUGAAUGGGUUGUAGAGUUUAUUAAAGACAGACUUGCAAAGUGGAUCUUUGAGCAAGGAGGAUGGGUAAGGAUCUUCUUUCUUUACAUUCUAUACCAUGAACUGCUGCUUUUAAGCCCUGGGCUGAUACAUUUUCGUAAGGGGUUUUAUUAAUUAGCUACGAGGGCUUAUAAAUGGAGGGUCUUGUAUCCUAGGGGUCUUAUAGCCAGAAUAUAAAAAGCACUUCGAAUCAAGCUAGUUGUGCUGAUCAAAAUAGAUUUUGCAUUUACUGGUUUUCAAUGUAGAUCAAUUUAGGUUUCUGGGAAACUGCCCACCUACCCCUCCCCUAAGCUAACAUUAACACUUACUUCUUGCUUAGGGCAAAAUAAUAGCUUAGGGGAGGGGUAGGUGGGCAGUUUCCCAGAAACCAAUAAAACUGAUCCCAAAACUUCAUAAUAAAUCAAAUUCAUUUUAUCACAUUUGGACUAGAAUAAGAAGGGGGCUUAUAUCUGGGGGGCUGAUAAUUGGAUGUGUUUAUUUUUGUUUACAGGUAGAUUGGCCUAUAACUAGGGGGAGCUUUAAUAGUAGCAGUAUGUUAUUGGGGGGGGGGGGGGGGAGGGGGCCCCCAGGGGGGUUUUGUUUGGGUUUGUCUCCUUUUUGGGGGAGGCCAAAAAAAUUGCUAAAAAAUAUUUUGGUUUUCAAAGAGGGGAAAUCCCACAUCAAGGACCUUUAUAAAAUGAACUUUAAUGUAUCUAAUUAUUAUAAUAUUUGAUUUUGUGGGUUUGAGUCAGAGAAUAGGGUGGGGGUUGUUUGGGGGUGUGUGAUAGUUGGUUGUUUUUUUUUUUGGUUAGGGGGAGCGUGGCUUUAGGAGGGGGGGGGGUUUGGAGGUGGGGUUGGUUUGGGGGGGGGGGGGGGGGCGAUGGGGCUCCCAAGGGGGUUUAGAUCUGGCUUUUCAUCUCUAUGUAGGAAUGCCAACAAAAUUGCUAAAAAUAUCUUUGGUAUCACAAUGGGGUAAUCACCAUGCAAGGACCUUUAAUAAUUGACAUUUCUAAUAAAAAGGUAUUGAUUAGGGUUGUAUGCAAGGAAAUAAUAAUACAGUGGAAGCUCUCCUAACAGACAGUCUUGUAAGUGGAAAGCUCUACUUAGGGCCACCUCCACAAAACACCGUUUUUCUCAACUCCCAUACAAACUCUGUCUUUAUACAUUUGUGUAAGCUGCCAGCCUCAGUUACGGACACCUUUUUCGCUUCCCGAGGGUGUCGGCUUACGAGAGCUUCCACUUUAGCUGCUAAUGUGCAACAGUGGCCUGUAAUGAUCUCCAGAGUAUGUUAUGCAAAUUGCCUGGCAAAUGUGACACUUGGGGGAGGGGGGAGGCUUGCGCGCUUAAGCAGAUACCUUACUUUCAACUUAAAGUUUGACAAACUACAUUUAACCUUUCUCAAGCUUGUUCAAUAUCUUUUUGUGCAAUUAUUUACUAACCAGUAUUUUAUUUCUUUGUAGGAGUCUGUUGUUGAAUACUUCCAGCAGCUACGAAAGAAGCAUGACCUUCAAGUCUAUUUUGUUUUCGGGUGUAUUUGUGCUCUUGGUGUUAUGCUUCUUUGGCGCAGACAAUAA